AUGGCGGCUCAAAGUAGCGUUCCUACUUUCAACACCCUUAAGGAGUGCUUGGAGUUUUUGGAGUGGUUGCAUAGUGACAAGCACGGAAAAGGUAUGCAAGGCCUGGUGGCCCAUAGACUAGACAAGUUUCUCAAGGAUAGAUACAGCAGUGUUGAUCAUAAGCAAAUUGAAAUCUCGUUGUCCCAAUUUCUUACUCAUGUAUCAAAAUUUUAUAAUAAAUUAUGCACUUCUCCAAACGGUUCAUACACUGGCAACAAAAGCGCUAAAAAUGUCACCAACGCUCUGCUCAACUGCGUUCCCAAAUUACUCUCCUCGUUGUACUUUUUAAGGUACAAUGUGGAUGUAAAUUUUGAAGCACUGGGGGGCGGGAAGUGGGCGAAAGAACAAGUUGGGAUGAUUGCACUGUUCUCUAGAAUUUUUACCCAGCCUGAUCAACUCAUGAAACGUGCUACUAAAAUUGAUAAGUACUUAAUUACGCAAAAGGGCGGUGAUUACGGUGUUGUUCCUGGAGGAUUUGCUGUAGGUGAGUUGAAGGAAGGUUAUCAGGGUGGUUAUGCCGAGGGUAGUCUAAUGACCGAUAACCUGAAAUCUAUUUUAAACAAAGCGACGAAUAUACAAAACUAUUUCCUCGAUGUAUAUGCCACUACGGUAUUGGCCACUUCCGGCACCCAAACAUCGAACGUUGCUAACGCCCUUCGCUUGGUGCAAGAUUUCUGUAAAAUUUUUGAAAAGGUUGAGGAAAGAGAUUUUGGGAACCACCUAUAUACUAAAGAUAGAUGCAUAAAUUUGGACGACUUAAAGGAGCACUGCACAAAACUUAUAGGGACACUUAGCAAAUUGUUCAACCAGAAAGCCUACUCCUUCACCGGAUACGCACGAGAAUAUAAUAAGCUAAGAACACAAGAUAUAUCAAAGAAGAUGGCAAGUUGGUUUAAAAGAAAUUUGGAGGCGGUGAAAACGCAAUUGAUGAAGAUUAAAUCUAUCGGUAGCUCAAAACAGAUUAAUAAAAAAUCAUUUCGGCGCAGUGCUGUUGUUCCAGCUCAAUCCCAAGCGCUUGCUGACUAUUUCACCCAACACUUUUUGCCUUACGGAUUCACGUUUCAUGGGUAUGACUUUAAAAAAUGGGGGAAUCCGCAUGAGGUUCUGACUACAGACUGGGAUGGUGUAAUUAAUGGACUUAGGAGCGCGAACGAUGGUUUGGAAAAGUUGAAAAAGAUUUUAGAAGGUGACCACUGUCCAACUGUAAGGCCCGAUGAUGAUGAAGAGGCUAAAGAAGAGCCUGAAGAUGUAGAGUUGGUUGAUGAAGGUUCUGGUCUGAUGCCUAAAAAAGUGGAGCCUCCGCCCGCCAAGGUUCCCGAGGCCCCCAAGGAAGUUGUGCCGAAGAAUAAGACAGCUCCAGAUACUGGGCCAAAUACUGAAGUCACCAAAACCGAGGCCGCAAAGCCUGUGACCACCAAAGCCGACGGAACUCCAAACCAGGGCAAGAAGGCGGAGGGAGCACAGAACCAGGGCAAGAAAGCGGAGGGAGCACAGAACCAGGGUAAGGGUCGAAGUGCAGAAAAGUCUCCAAGUUCAGACUCUUCGCCAUCUGGUGCCUCUGUUCCCGGUAGUGGUCCGGGCCCGGGUGGCCAGGCAGCUUCUGUGGACUCUGGUCAACGAAGUGGUCGAGACGGUCAGAGAGAUGUUAACGCUGAUACGUCUUCUGUCACAAGUGCUGGCAGGAAUGGUCAGCAGUCAACUAGUGUUAAGUUUGGCAAGUAUUCCCCACCUCAAGAUGUGCUAGAUAGGGCGAAAGCCAGGGAGAUACGACUACAGAAUUAUGAACAACAAAAGCAAGCUGAAGAAGAAGUGAACCGUAAACAUAAAGACAAUCUCCUGAAACGUUAUAAUCGACUUCAACAGUAUCAGGAUGCUCUGCCCUAUGUAGAUGGUGAAAAUGCUGUCCAGGCGUAUCCUGUGACAUUCCCGGAACCUCUUGACGGUAGCGUUGUGCACCCUGACGCCGACCCGAGGCACCAAUAUUCAAGUAGAUUUGAAAAUAUCUACAAAACAUAUCAUGACAUGUACGGCAACAAUCUGCGUGACAACGUAUUCACUGGAAUGCCGACCGCUGACUCCAAAGGCCUCCCUGGCUCUAUGCGCGCAAACUUUUCCGCCUUUAAUGCAACACCCGUAGGCUAUGCGAUUACACAGCAUAAGUUGCCAAAUGUGCCUCCAUCUGUGUCCCAGGCUGUGGAUUUUAUUGUAAAGCCUGUUCCGGAUCACAGAUUAGCACCAUUGCUGUCACCCCCUCUAAUUAUAGGUGAUUCGGUGGUCUCCCCGCGUCAGUAUACAGAACACGACCCCGCUGUUCCCACUCAGCUUGAUCCUGCGUUUAAGAACAUAUCAAUUGGUGGAAGUGAAGCCAUUCCACAAAGUGUCACCACCGACUACAUACAAUCGGCGUUAGUUGACUCGGACCUAUCGGUAUUCGAACCAAUAAAAACCAAGAAUCUAACUGCGAAACACGACCACGCUGUGACGAAAUUGCCAGUCACCGUAACAUUAGACGACAUCCUUCCUGCGCCUAUAGCAAAUACUCUCCCGCAUGUUUCCGUAUCCAAACACUAUCCUAGGGGACACCAAAGGGAUGCAACAGAAUCCCAAAUGGAACCUGUGCGGCAUACACCAACAUUAGAUUUUAAAGGGCGCCCCGUUCCGCAUCCUAAAUUGAUACAUCCACACUCACCAGCGCAUACAAUCCACAAGCCGUUUCCUUCUCCGAGUGAACCCAUUGAAUCAUAUUCCCCCACCAGCCAUCCUCAUGACAAUUCAGUGACUGCACUUGAUUUAUCCAUGAGUGGAAGUGUAAUACCUAUGACGCCGUUCCCAGGCGUGCAUAACAUUGAGUUGAGCAUACCACAGAAACCUAAAGUUCAGGUUAUUCCUAACCCUAAGCAACGUUCUCUGUUGCCACCUAUUGCGCUUCCCGAAUAUUCUGGACACCAGUACUACAUUCCAUCGAAAUACCCAUUCAUAGCAAAGGUUGACGACCAAACUAUUGAGAAAAUGUUAUCUUUAACCGGUACCCCAAGUGAACUUCAGACAACUCAAAUUGUCGGAGAUAGUAACGUAGCGACGUUGGCGAUACCAGAACUCACAGGCAACAUUAUUUCUGCUUUCAGACAAGAUCCUCGCACGUCACGUUUUCCACCAACCUCGAAACCUUAUGGAGAUGAUGAUGAUGAUGAUGAUGAUGAUGAUGAUGAUGAUGAUGAUGAUGAUGAUGAUGAUGCUUCGGUAGAAUACGCAUCAGCCGUUACAUUUAACGACAAUAUCAUGAAAACAAUGGCUGGUGUAGCCGGUCACCCGGUUGUUGGUACUAACGGGCAAGUGGACAUAUCCCAGAUUCCGACUGCCAUUCCGCUAGACGCCGGAGACAUACACCAUCUGGAAGGACAAGAACUAGAGGAUAGUUUCACAAUUAAGCGCCAAGAGCAGGAUCUCCUAAAUUUUCAAAAUGAGGAGCUGAAACAAGAUUCGCAAAAUGCACAACGUGAACGUAAACUGUUAGCGCUUAAACAAGAAUCAGAACACAUAAACGACAAACAAAAAGAAUUAAUGCAGGCUGCACAAGUAGACGCUGAUCGCAUACGUGCGUUCAAGGAUUCACAGUUUGACAUUUCUAGUGCCCCUGCACCCCGUGUAGAGGAUCCUAAUAUUGAUUUUUCCAUCCAAACAUUUCAUUACGAAGAUCGCAGUAUUAACGACGUGGACCUAGAUGACCCUUAUGCCAACACGGCCGAUAUCCUUAAAUACGAGUUGAAGCCUUCAGACGACAAAGGCUUCUCCGGUUUGCCUAACACUAAUUUCAAUCUGGACUUUGCGCCAGAACGUAUCGGACUUGAGGGGUACGACGAUCCCGGGAUGCCGCGUGACUCUCCAAGGGAGGCAGAUGAACGUGUUAUUACUCCAUUCGGCAGAGAUGAAUGUCUUAACCCUUGGUCCGUUUCCACUUCCACUUCCUCCACUGAUAUAAUCAACCCACCCCCCUCCCCAGUCCCAGUCACCGACCAUCUGCCGCCGCCCAAAACCGUCCGGGAAAUGCUCCACUGGUUCGUCGGGUUGAGUCAAUAUGGAUUUAUUAGGGUGAUUGGCGAGCAUUUCAAGAGCAUUUUGAUGGACAUUAACAAAGAUGCCUCCGAGCUCUCAGAUGCGUUGGAGGUCACCGGGGAUCCCGACCAGUUGACCGCCUCCAUGGUCACCGCCAAACUGACCGAGGCGUGCCUCUACGCAGCCACCGUUAUCUACAAGAUAAAGCAUAACAAUGAUUUCAAAGCGUUUUCUACCUUCGACUUCAAAUAUGAAUAUAGUCGGCUUCGUUACUCCUCCGACCCCGCCUGUCUCCUCUGCCAGCUGUGUGACUACGUCUACGCCUGCUGCCACCAGUUGGAGUUCCUCAAGUCGCAGUGUGAGAGGGACAAACUAAGUGGUGGUUGGCAGGAUUGUAAGUACGGCAGUGACAUCAAGACGCCAUCCCCUCUCCAUUCCUUCCUGACUGACGGCUGGGACUCAGACUUCGAGACUCACCCCUUCGACCCGUGCAACCUGUGCCACAAGAGCAGAGUCAGGAUGGGAUUCGGGGAAAGUGAUUUGCCUAAAAUUCAACAAACUGGCACUACCCUUUCCUCCAUCCUCACUCCCAGCUGCGGCGGCGAUGACUUCGGGAGAAGGGGGAUACCGCACCCUGUGGAAGGGCCGGAUGCGGAAGUAGCUCAUGACGCAGAUGACGAGGAUGAUGAGGGCGACGGCGGCGAUGAUGUAAGGGGCGGGGGAGGGGGAGGAGGAAGACUCAGCGUGGCUGGCUGA